CCUUGCUUUGCUUUGGCUUUGGCUUUGGCUCUCUCUCUUGCUCGAGUAGUAUUAAAAAGCCAACACACUAUCUAACAAGUAAACCAACAUAAGCGAAAAAACAAGAAGAAAAAAGGAAAGGAAAAAAGUGGGAAAGAGAAAGAGAAGAUAAGAAGCAAAAACAGAAAAGGCUGCUCCAGUACUGAUCUUAAGGAAGAAGAAGAGAAGAGAAGAGAAGAGAAGCUCUCUAUCUUUGAAAAUGGAGAAGCUCUUCUUUUUCUACUGGCUUAAGCUGCUUGCCAUCUCUUUCUUGGUCUUAGUUUUCGUUUUAAAGAUUGUAGUGUUACUUUGGUGGAGACCCAGAAGAAUUGAAGAACAUUUCUCCAAGCAAGGAAUCAGAGGACCCCCUUAUCGUUUCUUCAUAGGCAAUGUGAAAGAGCUUGUGGAGAUGAUGUUACAGGCUUCUUCUCAGCCUAUGCCUUUCUCCCACAACAUACUUCCUAGAGUUCUUUCCUUCUACCAUCAUUGGAAGAAAAUCUAUGGUGCAACAUUUCUAGUGUGGUUCGGACCCACGGUUCGACUCACCGUCUCCGAUCCAGACCUCAUCCGAGAAAUCUUUUCUACCAAGUCUGAAUUCUAUGAAAAGAUUGAAGCUCACCCUCUAGUUAAACAGCUUGAAGGUGAUGGACUCCUCAGUCUCAAGGGUGAAAAAUGGGCUCACCAUAGGAAAAUCAUCACUCCCACUUUCCACAUGGAAAAUCUCAAAAUGCUAGUGCCUGUGGUGUCAAAGAGUGUGAUGGAUAUGUUAGAGCAGUGGUCGACAUUAAUGUCGAACUCUGAGGAGGUUGAAAUUGAAGUUUCUGAGUGGUUCCAAACCUUAACAGAAGAUGUCAUUACAAGAACUGCAUUUGGUAGCAGUUACGAAGAUGGGAAGGCCAUUUUCCGAUUGCAGGCACAGCAAAUGGUGCUGGCUGCCGAAGCUUUCCAGAAGGUUUUUAUCCCUGGUUACAGGUUCUUUCCCACAAAGCGAAACAUGAAUUCUUGGAAAUUGGACAAGGAAACUAAGAAAUCGCUAAUGAAACUGAUAGAUCGGAGGAGGGAAAAUUCGAAUAACACAAUGCAGGAGGUAAAAAAUCCGAAAGAUUUGUUAGGAUUAAUGAUCGAAGCCUCGUAUUCAAGCCCAAAUGUUACUGUUAACGACAUUGUUGAAGAAUGCAAGAGCUUUUUCUUUGCGGGCAAACAGACCACAUCCAAUUUGCUGACGUGGACAACUGUGUUACUAGCAAUGCACCCACAGUGGCAGGUGCAAGCACGUGAGGAGGUGUUGAGAGUUUGCGGAUCACGUGACAUACCCACCAAAGAUGAUGUUGUAAAGCUUAAGACGCUGAGCAUGAUUCUAAAUGAAUCCCUACGGUUAUAUCCACCAACAAUCGCGACAAUCAGACGGUCAAGAACCGAUGUGGAGCUAGGAGGAUACAAGAUCCCACGUGGGACCGAGCUUUUGAUACCAAUCUUAGCCGUUCAUCAUGAUCAAAGCAUAUGGGGGAAUGAUGCAAAUGAGUUCAAUCCAGGGCGGUUCAGUGAGGGUGUAGCCAAAGCAGCCAAGCAUUCAGUAGCCUUCAUACCAUUUGGGCUCGGAGUGAGAACCUGCAUUGGCCAAAAUCUAGCCAUUUUGCAAGCAAAACUGACCCUAGCCAUUAUACUACAACGCUUCUCCUUUAGAUUGGCUCCUAGCUACCAACACGCACCCACUGUGCUCAUGCUUCUAUACCCACAAUAUGGUGCACCCAUCAGUUUUAAGCGGCUACCCGAACCCAGUGACCCAUAAACCUAAGGACCAGACUUGACCCACCAAAAAUAUAUGAUAUUUGUGUGUGAGAGUGCAUUAGUGACCCAAAAAAAAAAGAAAAAAAAUUGUUGGGUUUGAAAUUUUAUAGAAGCUUUAAGUGAUUUUACAUAUCUACCCCCAUCAUCCUCAAUCCCUUUCAUCUUCUUUGCUCUGCUAACCUUCCAUGGCCAUGGUUUUUUUACCAACAUAUUUUACCUUGGCAUGCUUGUAAUUCCAUGGUUUUCACCAAAGUGUUUACCCUGGCAUUUGAUGAGUUUGAUUUUGGUACAUUUUGCUAACAACUAGGUAGCUCAAAUUCCCUCUUUCUAUCUCUUGUACGUAAUGUAUAUUUGCACGCAAUUCUCAAUACAGUUUUGUAAUAUUAUGCUUC